UCCAGUCCCCCGCAGUUUCUUGGCUUUCGAUGUAACUAGCCAUGAUGUCAAGAUUUAAAACAUAGGUUAAUGUCGAUUUCUCUAGGUAUUUGACAAACAACAACAAAAAAUCUGUGGCUUCGAGAGGUGAAAUAAGUAUAAAGGAAUAUAGACUUACCCCCAGAAGACAAACUUUUAACUCUCUUAACGCCAUUGCUGCUUCCUGGUUUACAUUGAGGCGACCAUUGGCAGUUUUCUACGUUUUCAACACUUUCUCCCUCUAGUUAAAUUAUCUUGAAUAUUUUACCACAAGACGGAGUGUUUAAGUAUAUAGUUUCACUUCACGGCAAUACAAAAUGUGACAUUAAAGCGGAAUUGUUAGUGAGAGCGUUAAAAAGGCUGCAUCCCAUGUUGUGAUGAUUGUAAACAGCGGAGUAAGCUAAGCAGCGAAAGUAGCAGUCUCCAUCUUGAAAUGCGCGGUCACAUGACUCCCGCAGCUCCCCCUUUUUUUGUCUGGAGAUACUGUGCUAACACAAAGGCCCAAGUUUAAAUGCCGAGUUAUGUUGACUUUAUGUUUAAGCUGAUAAGCUGAACCACUGUCGUAAAAGCCGACAAUCGAUUAGCUGCUACAUUCGGCAAUCAGGAAGUACAUUCAGGAAGCGCUUUGCUGCGUUGUUUGACUGACAGCUGAGCGCUGGUGACAGCCCACACGGGACGGCAGCCCGCAGAGCCCGAGCCGAUUCUCAACAUGGCAGGUCUAUCGUUAUAUUUUGAAGAUGGCCAUGACGAUCUGGAUGAUUUUGGAUUUGAUGAUUAUGGUUCCGAAUGUGACGGCAUCCGCAUUACAGCCUUCCUCGACGCCGGUCAAGACAACUUAACGCCACUCGGGAGGCUAGAGAAGUAUGCCUUCAGUGAGAAUGUGUUUAACAGGCAGAUUGUGGCUCGUGGGCUGCUUGAUGUGCUCCGCGAGUUCAGCGAUAAUGAAAAUGAUUUCAUCAGUGUCAUGGAGACAGUUGCCAGAAUGUCAGAAGAUGGAGAGCCAACCGUGCGAGCCGAGCUGAUGGAGCAGGUGCCCAACAUUGCCAUGUUUCUGCACGAGAGCCGGCCCAACUUCCCUGCUGCCUUCUCCAGAUACUUGGUACCCAUCGUGGUCCGAUAUCUCACAGAUCCAAACAACCAGGUGCGAAAGACCAGCCAAGCAGCACUGCUUGUGUUGCUGGAGCAAGGCCUCAUCUCAAAGGCCGACAUGGAGUCCAAAGUUUGUCCUGUUUUGCUGGACCUCACGGAACCCAGCAGUGAUGACGAUUACAAGAUUGAAGCAGUUGCUAUUAUGUGCAAAGUAGUGACCAUGCUGAGCAAGGACACAGUGGAGCAUCUCUUGCUGCCACGCUUCUGCGACCUCUGCAGUGACGCCAGACUCUUUCAAGUCCGCAAGGUCUGUGCUGCCAAUUUUGGAGAGUUCUGUUCAAUUGUGGGUCAGGAGGCCACAGAGAAACUACUGAUUCCCAAGUUCUUUGACCUGUGCUCAGACAGCCUGUGGGGCAUUAGGAAAGCCUGCGCCGAGUGCUUCAUGAUGGUGUCCAACUCCACCUCUCCUGAGGUGCGACGUGCAAAGUUGUCCCCGCUCUUCAUCAGCCUCAUAAGUGACCAGUCCCGCUGGGUGCGGCAGGCUGCAUUUCAGUCUCUGGGCCGCUUCAUCUCCACCUUUGCCAACCCAACUGGUGCAGGCCUCCACUUCAGAGACGAUGGCGGAUUGCUUGAUGUUUCCAGGUGCACGUCAGACAGUGACUGUUCCUUGAACUCCCUCAACUGCUCUGGCAUUGGAGGCUGUCACACGGAAAGAACCAUUGCUCACACACCUCCCAACCAAGAUGGCCGUGCUACGCCGUCUCCGGAACAUGUGCCGGCAGCCGACGAAAUGAACUACGACGACAACCACAGUUUAGCUCGCGGAGAAAUGCUAGACAGCUACAUGCAUGCUGGCGCCAACGCCAACAACGCCAGAAACGCCAAGGAGAUGCCACAAACAGACGAGAACUUUAACUCUUUCCACUUCUGGAGGUCUCCUCUCCCAGACAUCAGCGGCGAGCUGGAGCUGCUUAGUUGUCAAACGGGGGAAGGGGUGGUGAAGGAUGGGAGGAAAGAGGAGCGGAAGGAACCAGAGGACAACUGUUUGGAUUCCAAAGCCAGUCCUGGUAAAACCACCAGCGACCAGAUCAAGAUGGUCUUGGACUGUUUGCAGCCACACAUGGACGACCCAGAUGUCCAAGCUCAAGUUCAGGUAUUGUCGGCAGCUCUGAAGGCCGCUCAGCUUGACAGCCCGUCCGACAACAGUCCCACAGAAAGCCAGCUGGCACCAUCUGCCGACAGCGACGCUGACAGCCCGUCUGUUGAGAGUAAAUCAGUGGAGGUGCAGUCUGAGAGCGAAGAGAGUGUCACGGAAGACGAGCAAACGACAGAAAGCCUCUCAGCCAGUGAGUCCUGUCCAGUACAGGAGCAAGGAGAUGAGGAGACACAGACAGAACCCCUGGAGUAUCCGGAAGAGUCUCCACCUGACUCUCCUGUUCUGGUGUCUGAACUCAUUGAAAGUGUGGAGGAAGAGGGAAAGAAUGACUCUGUGUCUGAAGAUAAGCCGAAGAUCCAGCAGAAUAUUAUCCCUCAGCAGCUGUUGGAUCAGUACCUCUCCAUGACGGACCCGGCACGGGCCCAGACGGUGGACACGGAGAUAGCCAAGCACUGUGCCUUCAGCCUGCCGGGAGUGGCGCUCACUCUGGGCCGACAGAACUGGCACUGCCUCAAGGACACUUAUGAGACGUUGGCGACUGAUGUGCAGUGGAAAGUGCGUCGCACGCUCGCCUUCUCCAUUCACGAGCUGGCGGUCAUCCUGGGAGACCAGCUGACGGCGGCGGAUCUUGUGCCUAUCUUUAACGGCUUCCUUAAAGACCUGGACGAGGUCCGCAUCGGUGUGCUCAAGCACCUCUACGACUUCCUCAAGCUCCUCCAUGCAGACAAGAGGAGAGAAUAUUUGUACCAGCUGCAGGAGUUCAUGGUGACGGACAACAGUCGCAACUGGAGGUUCCGAUAUGAGCUGGCAGAGCAGCUGAUCCUGAUCAUCGAGUUGUACAGCCAUUAUGACGUGUACGACUACCUCAGGCAGAUCGCACUCACGCUCUGCUCUGACAAAGUCUCAGAGGUCAGGUGGAUCUCCUACAAGCUGGUGGUGGAGAUCCUGCAGAAGCUGUACUCUAGUGGCGCUGAUGACUUGGGUCUUAACUUCAUCAAUGAGCUCACCGUCAGGUUCUGCCACUGUCCAAAGUGGGUGGGCCGACAAGCAUUUGCCUUCAUCUGCCAGGCUGUCGUAGAGGAGGACUGCAUGCCCAUGGAGCAGUUCAGCCAGCAUCUUCUCCCCAGCCUGCUCAGCCUCUCCUCGGACCCCGUGGCAAACGUGCGCGUGCUGGUAGCCAAGGCCUUGCGACAGAGCAUCAUGGAGAAAGCCUACUUCAAGGAUGCAGGCUGCGCCUACUCGGACGAGCUGGAGGAGACGGUGAUGGCGCUGCAGUCGGACAAAGACCGAGACGUUCGCUUCUUCGCCAGCCUGGACCCAAACAAAGACUUGAUGGACACGGCGCCGCUCAUCUAGCCUCGUUUUUUGUCCUCUACCUACCUAGCUAACCCGACGGACUGACAACAAGCACGUCAGUCAGCAUCAUGGCACCAGCACACCCAAACUGGACCCCCUCUCCUCCUCCUCCUCCUCCCUCCAGAAGCUCCACUUUGAGGGAAACUAAAGCAUGAUCUCGCUGCCUAGUCGGGGAAGCACACAAACUUUUUCAGGAAAUGAGCAGGACUCAAAAUGUUUAGCAAGCAUAUCUCUCCAAAGCUAACUGUGAGCUUAACAAUUUUUUUUUAAAAAUGGAGCAGGCAGGCGGGCGGUGUCUGCCUGACUCUUGACCUCAGGGGGACUGAACCUACACAAGCCACCACAAACAAGCUGCCGUCACGGGGCCACAAAAAAAAAAACACACAAAAAAAAACUCACACCUCCUUCCAUCUUUUUGUUUCCUUUCUUCCUGACCCCUGCUAAGUGCACACACUUUACAAGCGUGACUGAAUGAACUUCCUUCCCUUGAAGCGGUGUGUUAGUUUACCAAAAAAAAAAAAAAAUGUGACACAACGCCUUCUCCUUCUGCAGCAGGAGGCGGAUGAAAUACCUCCUUGCUGGACGUAGCUGGCCAGUGCGUCUUCUCGUCAAGCGUGGACUGCAGCAUCCUAACAAGGGCUCUAGUGAUGCAAGGAAAGCAAGCACACUGUACGCAUGACCCCCCUCCUUUUUUUUUUUUUUUGGUGUAUAGUCUCUCCCAUCUCUUUUCUUGAUGGUAGUGUUGAGUGUACAGUAGCAUACAAGACUGGAAAGUAUAAAAUGUCAUCAUGUAUUCCCCAACAAUGUUGCAACCUCUUUCUUUUGUGUACAGUUUUAAUGAAACCUGUGGAUAAAGUAUGAAUGAAUGGAACAAAAGGCCAGUCUAGCAAAAGGGUUUGAGUACUGGGGGAGCACUCGCCAAGUCACCCUGGUUUUUGGCUCACUUGUAAAUGUUAACUUUUUUUUUUUUUUUUUUUAAA